AUAUAGCUCUCGGCUUAUAGCCUAACACACGGGAAAACGGAAUUUUCCUGUAGUGCGGAUGAGGCAAAACCAUGCAGCGCUGCCGGUGCUUCUUUCCACUUAGCAGAGGCAGAGCCCGUUCUUACUAGCUCAGAUACAAUCAGUGCGGGUGCAGCUUGAUGAGGGGCGGUGUUGUCUUCUUGCUUGGAAUGGCCAUGCAGGAAAUGCGUAGCCAAUCGCCCUUUCCAAAUCUAUGCCGCGGGAAAGCAUCCGAUGCGAGCUGCCUGACAUACAUUAACUACCAGACGCGAGCUCGCGCUACACUAGUUCGUUCUAGCGCCGCGAGACUCUCCUCGGCUCCUCCUCCUCCUCCGAGUGUCCACCACUACCUUCCCGGAGUUGCCUAUUCCCAUGGCGCUCUCCCGCCGCCGCCUCCUCCUCCUCUCCCUCGUUGCCAUGACGGCGGUCACUGGCACCUCCAAGGUCAUCGUGACAAGGUGCUACCCGCCGCCGACGCCCCACCCCAACGGCAGGGGCGCGUUCCACCGCAGUCUUCUCUCGCUCCUCGACGACCUCCCCUCCGCCGCCGCACCGACGGGCUUCGCCUCCAUGCGGACCCGCGGCGCGUUCGCCCGUGGCCUCUGCUUCGGCGACCCCGCGCCCGGCCCGUGCCUCCACUGCCUGUCCGACGCCGGCGGGAAGAUCGCCGACCAGUGCGGCAACGCGGGCUUCCUGAACGACGGCUGCUUCCUGGGCUACGCCGACACCAACGUUUCCUCCGACGGCAUCGACAUCGGUGCCCUCACCUUCUCCGACGACUCCGUCCCGGGCAUCGACGACAUCGACGUGCUGCACUUCUUGGCCGUGGCGCUGCCCCUGGUCCCGCAAUCCGCGAACGGCCGGGUGCCCGCCGCCGACGCGACUGCCACGGCGAGCAACGGCGACAAGGUGCGCGUGCUGGCACAGUGCGCGCCGGACCGCGCCCCGGCGGGGUGCGACCUGUGCCUGAGUGAUGCGGUGCUGCAGAUGGCCACGAGCUGGGGGCUCACCGCCGACGGCGUGCAAGGAAGCGUGGCCGCGGUUCUGGGCCCAGACUGCUACCUCCGUCUCGAGAUAUCGGCACCGCCGCUGAGAGAGAAGAUUCGGAGGAUCGUAAAGGAUCACAUCUUCCUGACUGUGUUCAUCUGCACCAUCGUCGUCGGAGCUAUCCUCGCGCUGGUAGCUCAUUUCUGCAGCCUGGUGAUGAGAAAGGCCGGGAAUUGAUGCAGCUGCAGCACCAGCGGCGGAAGGGAAGGGAAGCCAUGAUCUUACCGGGAGAAGAAAGAAGCAGACUGAAUAAAAGCAAAGCAAGACAUGAGGGCGCUGGAGGAAGUUGGUCCGGCUCCGGCUAGCCAGCCAGCGCCAUUUUAUACUACUGUUACUGUUAUGUUGAUCUGUCCUAUGAAUUUGGAUGCUUGGUACUCCAUUUUACUACUGCUCUGUUCCGUGAUCUUCCACUAAUCUUCUACUGUACGUGAUUGUGGAACCCCGUCGUUUGGCGCGAUCCUAUUGUGUGUGUGGAAUCCUAAUGCUGAUCUUUAUAAGAUCUUUAGCAGAUGUUGAUCUCUUCUCUGUAGUUGCCUACCUAGCUAGCUAGCUCUCGAUCUUUAGCAGAUGUUGAUCUCCUAUGUAUGUGUGGAAACCUAAUUCAGGUAUUUUCAUGCUGUUUGAGAUGAGAAAAAUCUUAAUGUGCUCUCUGGGAGAAGGGAAGAGAAAGAGUAUGGAUUUCUCUCA